AUGUUGAGCAUACACACCAAACCUGGGAAGUACUUCCACACUGAAACAAUAUGUGCCAAAUUUCCUACGCUGCUACGCCACAGCGAGUGCAAGUCGACGAUAUCUGUUCCCAAUUCACUAAAUUCUCUUGUAGCGUCUGUUCCAAUUUUUAAUGGGCUUAAUUUCUCUGACUGGAAUGAGCAAGUCCAAUUUCACCUCGGUGUUUUGGAUCUAGACCUUGCUAUAUUAGAAGAGAAGCCUGCUACUAUUACUGAUUCUAGUAGUAAUGAAGAAAAAUCCUAUUAUAAAGCUUGGGAAAAGUCUAACAGACUCUGCUUAAUGUUCAUGAGAAUGAUUAUUGCUGACAGUAUUAAGACAGCUCUACCCAAAACUGAAAGUGCUAAAGAAUUUAUGGGUUUUGUGGGAGAGCGCUCUCAAACAGCUGAUAAGUCUCUUGCUGGGACACUAAUGAGUACACUGACCACCAUAAAGUUUGAUGGGUCACGUACUAUGCAUGAGCAUGUCAUUGAGAUGGCAAAUAUUGCAGCAAGACUUAAGUCCUUGGGAAUGGCUGUGAAUGAGAAUUUCCUUGUACAAUUUAUUCUCAACUCAUUACCGACUGAGUAUGGCCCGUUUCAAAUGAGCUAUAAUACCAUGAAAGACAAAUGGAAUGUGCAUGAAUUGCAUAGUAUGUUGGUUAAGGAGGAAACGAGACUUAAGAAUUAA